AUGAUGUCGCCUAAUGUACCACUACUCAUGCAGGUUUGCACUUGGUGCCUACUCAUCGCUUCGGGCCAAACGUCGUCUUCAUCGCCUAUCGGAUAUCGCGCUGACAUCGCUCAUCUGCAGUUGCUACACGUGGCCAACAUCUACAGCGCACCCUUCACGGGCACGAUGACGUCAGAAGAACUUCAAGAAGCAGCGCCACCACUGCCUAUAAAGGAAACGCAAGCGGCUGCGGGCGUCAGUGGACACGGCAACCCAGCCGUGAUGAUGUCGCCUAAUGUACCACUACUCAUGCAGGUUGGUGAUAGAAAACAUGUUUUUCACAGCGAUUACCUCUGUUUGAUUGUGUUGCCGUGUCCACACACAAUUGCAGCUUGUGUACGCGAUUGUUUCUCUGUAGCAGGCCUGUUGCUCAUACUAGCUGGAGAUGUGGAGGAAAACCCUGGGCCUAUUACGCAAGAAAUGUUUAAUGAUAUGAUUCGGACACAAAAGGAGAUCCUUGCUAAAAUUACUGAGGUACAAGUAAAACAGACUUCUUCGGAAGAAAGUAUGCUACAAAUGCAAAACAGGCUACUUGCGAUAGAAAAAAAACUUGAGAGCGUAGGUGAAACUGAGAACAGGCUUGCUAAACUUGAAAACUCUGUUAGUGGCUACGAUGUCGAAAUAAAUACUCUUGUAAAACAAAUUGAUGACUUAGAAAAUCGUUCACGACGAAAUAACGUUAUCGUAAGGGGAAUUAAGGAAGAGUCUUCUGAAAACGAGGAUGUACUAAUGAGGAAAAUCAACAAUGAGGUGUUUGACGCUAUACUAGGUCAAAAACUGAACUCUAUCCAACGUAUACAUCGACUUGGAAAAAAGAUGACUGGUAGAGAUCACCCUGUAAUACUUACAGUUGGGGAUUUUAAAGAGAAAAUGGCUAUCAUGAAAAACUGUGUCAAACUUAAAGGUACCCAAAUUAGCAUCAAUGAAGACUAUUCCAAGAGGGUUGUUGAGCUUCGAAAGAACCUGUGGAAUUCAACCGCAGAGGAGAGGAAAAACGGUGCCAAAGUCAAUCUAGUCUUUGAUAAGCUGUGGCUUAACAAUGUUCUGUACGCCUGGAAUGAAGUCAGCAAUGAGAGAUACAAGUGUCGCGUUCCACCGGAAGCAAAUAACGAGUGACUAAAACAAAAUGAUUCAGCAUGUUUUAAAAUAUUAAACAUAAACGCCAGAAGUAUUGCAAACAAGGUUGACGCGUUCGAAAGCAUAAUGCUAGAGCACGAUCCUGAAGUGGCCGUAAUUACCGAGACAUGGCUUCAUGAAAAUAUCUUAAACUCCGAAGUUACUCCACCGAAUUAUUCAAUAAUAAGAAAAG